AGCCAUUUUGGCUCAGGCGGUUCUGGAGGAUCCCCCCCUCGCUCUGCACCCCUCGCUGUGGUGCCUCGGAGCGCCCCCACUGGGGCGGGCGUGGGGGGGGUGGCCCCAGAGAUAAGUAAUAACCGGUCGCGGUGGCCCCGGGGGGCCGCCCGGCGCUGCCGCCAUGGACGCCCUGGACAUGCUGUCCGAUGACGAAGACGACGAGGAGAGGCGCCUGGGGAGGCUGCGGGCGCACCCGAGGGCGGCGGGGCCAGCGGGGAGGCCGGCGAGGCCGGGGAGCCAGCGGCGAAGCGGGCGAGGCAGGGCUUCGGGAACGACUACUUCAGGGCGCUGGUCAAUGCGGGCGCCGCCGGGAAGGCUGCCCUGGAGGAGAGCCCGCGGCCCUCGCCGAGCCAGUGGCCGGCGACACCGCUGGCUUCGCCGCCGAGGCAGGCGCCUGCGGCCAGGUGGGCUUCGCCGACCUCCUGCGCUGCGGCCUGGAGAUGGGCGCGCCGGCCGCCAGGGGCCGCGGCCGCGGCGGCCGCGGCGGCCGCGGCAGGGGGCGAGUCAGGAUCGGCACAUCCCCAGACAUCCUGCGCAGGAGCUCCAGCAUCUCUGAUCUGGACCUGCCGGGGGAGCAGAUGGCGGAGGUCGCGGCGGACGAGGUGCCGCAGGCCGAGAAGGACGAGCUCUUCUGCGCCUACGCGGCCAUGAUCCUCAAGGACUCGGAGCUCGACAUUUCCGAGGAGAACCUCACCACCCUGAUCAAGGCGGCGGGCGGGUCCAUAGAGUCGUUCUUCCCGGCGCUCUUUGCCAAGAUGUGCCAGGGCAAGGACGCGCCUGCUAUGGUCCCGGCUGACCGCGAUAAGAAGUCUUGGUCCGCGGGCAAUGGUAGACGCAAGGAAGUUUGGUCCAAGCUCUGCAAAGGCCUCCAUCCGAAGCGAGCGCGGAAUACCUCGCAGGAGAUUGACGACUUCCUGAAGUUUGGCGGCGGCGGUGGCGGGGCGCCAGCCGCCGGCGGCGGCGGUGGCGGCGGCGGCGGUGGCGACCCCGCGGCCGAGAAGAAGGAGGAGAAGAAGGUGGAGGACCCGCGGUUCGCGCGCGACGGGAACCAGCAACACCGCGCGCAUCGCCAGCGCGCCCAGCCGCACCGCUGGGAACCAGCAGCACCGCGCGCAUCACCAGCGAUGGCAGAGCACGUGAUGAGGGCGACCGAGCACACGUUCGGGUUCAACAUCGCGAACGGCGCUGCCAGGAUGAAGGUGGAGUGCUACCUGAAGGACGUGGAGGGGGGGCAGUGGCUCUCGGUCGAGCCGCCUGUGGGCGCCAAGGAGUGGCCGCUCUUCCCCACCGCGCAGAUGCUGAUGGACGAGCUGGAGGAGAAGUUCAGCUUCUACACGGGCAAGAAGAUCUCGCUCUACCGCCGCGCAAUGCACGUGAACGGCCAGGUUCGCCGCGAUGGAGAGGCGUACGAGGACUGGCACGCCAUCAACCAGAACGCGGCGAAGUACGGCAUCUACGUGCAGGUGGACUCGUUCGCGCUCCCUGCGGGCGAUUGGCCCGGCGCGCGCGACAUGCGCGGCGGAGCGGGCGACGGCCGCUUCGGCGACGGCGUCUACCUGAGCAUCUACAUUCUCGACGGGAAGUUCAAGGGGUGGUGGGGGGUCGAGUUGGUCAGCAGCCCUGUGGCGUCGACGGUGACGUGCGAGGAGCUGAAAGCGGCGAUCCUGGACAAGCUGAGGGUGGCCAGCAAGUCGGACCGCAAGGUUGCGAGCGUGCGCAUCUACAAAAACAACUUUGAGCACGCCCCGAAGCCCACGCCCGUCCCGACUACGGACCGCAUCAAGGUCAAUGGCGAGGGCAGGGCCAGCCCGACGUUCACGGCGGCCCUGAACCCGAGCUUGAAGGUGGAGACGACCGACGGGGACAGCUUGGGCAGCUCGUGGGCAGCGGCAGAUGACAUUCAGCAGUAG